AACUUAAGAAGAGAAGUUUGUUUGAAACUACUUUUGUCUCUUUCUUGUUCACAUUUCUUAACCGCGUCUCUCUUAGAUUUCAAAAGUGAACUACUUUGUCUCUUUCUUUGUUCACAUUUUAUUUUAUUCUAUAAUAAAUAUGGCAUCCUCAUUUUGAGAUUUUUAUAAAUUAUUCUUGUAAAAAAUAAUCAUUCACAGUGCAAAAGAGAUGGAAAGCCCUAGAGUUGAGGAAAGUUAUGACAAAAUGAGUGAAUUAAAAGCGUUUGAUGAUACUAAGGCCGGUGUUAAAGGACUUGUUGAUUCUGGAAUUACUAAAGUACCUCAAAUAUUCGUUCUACCACCAAAAGACAGGGCUAAAAAAUGUGAAACACACUUCGUUUUUCCAGUGAUAGACCUUCAAGGUAUCGAUGAGGAUCCGAUUAAGCACAAGGAGAUAGUGGACAAAGUUCGAGAUGCAUCGGAGAAAUGGGGUUUUUUCCAAGUGGUUAAUCAUGGAAUCCCAACAUCCGUCUUGGACAGAACGUUGCAAGGAACACGACAGUUUUUUGAGCAAGAUAACGAGGUCAAGAAACAGUAUUACACUCGAGAUACUGGGAAAAAAGUGGUUUAUACUAGCAAUCUUGAUUUGUAUAAAUCUUCUGUUCCAGCUGCAAGUUGGAGAGACACAAUUUUCUGUUACAUGGCUCCGAAUCCUCCCAGUCUACAAGAAUUUCCAACUCCAUGCGGGGAGGUAUUAAUAGACUUCUCCAAGGAUGUGAUGAAAUUGGGAUUCACUUUGCUUGAAUUAUUGUCUGAAGGUCUCGGUCUCGAUCGUAGUUAUCUCAAAGAUUAUAUGGAUUGUUUCCAUCUUUUCUAUUCUUGCAACUACUACCCACCAUGUCCUCAGCCAGAACUCACCAUGGGCACCAUUCAACAUACCGAUAUUGGUUUUGUAACGAUCCUUCUACAAGAUGAUAUCGGAGGGCUCCAAGUUCUUCACCAGAAUCAUUGGGUUGAUGUUCCUCCUACACCCGGUUCUCUAGUGGUGAAUAUUGGAGAUUUUCUGCAGCUCUUGUCAAAUGACAAGUACUUAAGUGUUGAGCACAGAGCAAUUUCAAACAAUGUUGGAUCAAGAAUGUCAAUUGCGUGCUUCUUCGGUGAAAGUCCAUAUCAAUCUUCCAAGCUUUAUGGACCGAUAACCGAAUUGUUAUCAGAAGAUAAUCCUCCAAAAUAUCGAUCUACCACAGUGAAAGACCACACUAGUUACCUCCAUAACAGAGGCCUAGAUGGAACUUCUGCAUUGUCCCGUUACAAGAUAUAAUAAUAAUAAUAAUAAUAAUAAUAAUGUUAUCUAUUAUUACUAUUUAUACUUCUGCAGAUUGUACCUUUGAAUUUGAAACAAAUUUUUAAAGUAUGUGCUUGCUAUAUAUUGUUGUUUAAAACAUUAAAUAAUAUUACAUAAAUAUAAACACCAUAAUAUAAGGAUGUUUAGCAUUGAGGGAAAAUGAAGGAUUAAUAAGUCA